AUGGCUUCGUCGCAAGGCAAGCUGGAGCUGAAAUUCGCGGACUGGAUGGCAAGUUUGCCCGAGAGCAUCCACAGCGUGCCCCUGACGAAUCUGGCGAUCCCAGGCUCUCAUGACUCAUUUAGCUUCUACAUUGAUGAAGCCUCACCUGUUGGACCUGAACAACCUGACACCGUUCAGAAUUUUGUCUCUGUGUUUGGAACUGUGGCUAAAAAGCUGAUGAGGAAAUGGUUGGCGACACAGACGAUGAACUUCACAAGCCAGCUUGGAGCAGGCAUACGGUAUUUUGAUCUUAGAAUCUCCACCAAGCCCAGAGACCCCGACAACGAACUCUACUUUGCACACGGUUUGUUCAGUGCCAAAGUCAACGAGGGCCUCGAGGAGAUCAGUGCCUUUCUUGCUGACCACCACAAGGAAGUGGUCUUUUUGGACUUCAACCACUUCUACGGGAUGCAAAUGUGCCACCAUGAAAAACUGGUCCAAAUGCUCAAAGACACUUUUGGGAAUAAAAUGUGCCCGGCUAUAUUUGCUCACGAAGUCUGUCUCCAAUAUCUGUGGGAGAAGGAUUAUCAAGUGCUGGUUUUUUAUCACAGUCCAGUGGCUUUGGAAGUUUCCUUCUUGUGGCCAGGGCAGAUGAUGCCAGCUCCGUGGGCCAACACGACAGAUCCUGAAAAACUGAUCCAGUUUCUCCAGGCAUCCAUCAUUGAGAGGAGGAAGAAGGGCUCCUUUUUUAUAUCUCAGGUGGUGCUGACCCCAAAGGCUAGCACUGUGGUCAAAGGCGUCACUAGUGGUCUCAGAGAAACCAUCACAGAAAGAGCUCUCCCCGCCAUGAUGCAGUGGGUCCAGACUCAAACACCAGGCGAAAGUGGUGUCAACAUUGUCACUGCGGACUUUGUAGAACUUGGUGAUUUUAUCAGCACGAUCAUAAAACUGAACUACAUCUUGGCUGAAGGCGAAGCUGAUACGACUUGAUAGUACCGUAAUGUGUCCGACAUGCUCUAAAGUGGAACU